AUUCAUUCAGUCAGUAAGCGAGCGAGUUUUGGCGUUGAAUAGUUCUGGCGUGUGUUAAAAUGGCAUGUCCUUUUAUCAAUGGUCCAGUUGACGAAGGAGCAGCAUUACUGCGCGCAGAAUUGAAUCUUGGUCGGGAGAUUGUUUUCAGACUGCGCAUAGAUGUUUUGGCAUUUCCGGACAGUUAUCUGUUUGAACGGUACCGCUUCACCUCGGACUCCAUAAUCUACAUCCACCACCUAAUCCGUCCUUACAUUUGCAACAUUACCAACCGCAGUCGCGCUCUAACAUCCCAGCAGAUGUUGUGUGUUGCGCUGCAGUUCUUUGCGAAUGGGAGUUUUUUAUACAACAUCGGAGAUGCAGAACAUUACAGUAAGGCCACUGUUUGCAGGGCGGUCAGAAAAGUGUGCCUGGCCCUGAAACGGCUUCUACCGAUGUUUGUCGUUUUCUCUGGGCACAAACCUCUGAGAGCCAUCAAGGAGGAGUUCCACAGGAUUGCAGGAUUUCCCAGUGUGAUUGGAUGCAUUGAUGGCACCCAUAUCCCCAUCAUAGCUCCAUCACAGAAUGAAGGAGACUAUGUGAAUAGGAAGUCCAUUCACAGCAUAAAUGUGCAGAUCAUAUGUGAUGCUUCAUGCAUCAUUACCAAUGUGGAGGCCAAGUGGCCUGGCUCUGUUCACGACUCAAGGAUUUUUCGAGAGUCUAACCUGAGCAACAGACUGCAGCGUGGAGAGUUUGAUGGCCUUCUGCUGGGUGACAGGGGUUCAUGCCAACCCAGGCUGAUGACCCCAUACCCUGACCCUGAACCAGGCCCCCAACAGAACUUCAACCGGGCUCACUGCAGGACCAGAGCCCGGGUAGAGAUGACCAUAGGCCUGCUGAAAGCGCGUUUCCAGUGCCUACGUUACCUCAGGGUGACCCCUGAGAGGGCCUGUGAUACUAUAGUGGCAUGUGUUGUUAUUCAUAAUAUUACCACUAUUAGAGGAGAGCAACACCCUGCCGUACAAUAUGAAGACCCAGAUGAUGACCCCAUCCACCUGCCAGCUCUGCAAGACGGCAGAGCAGUCAGGGACAACAUAUGCAAUCACCACUUUGGAGUUUAA